AUGAGAUCUUCAUUGUUCCCGCGGGUAAGAAACCCCGCACUUGACAAUGAAUACAAUGAAGCAAAGGCACGAGGUCAUAAGCAACUUGGAGAAACGGCCUGGCCAGACUUGGGCUAGGUAAGCUAGACCGACCAGACUAGACUAUUCCACUACUAUAUUCCCCGGAACGUAUACCAUUCUAGUGGAUAUAGAUCUCCAAGUUUACCCCAGAUAAUGUUUCGCUAGGUCGAGACUUGCAGCACCAGUGGUAUGGUCACACAGGGAUGCCACGCUGAGCCAAAGUCUUUGUAUGUGACUUGUACCCCAACCUCCCUUCCACAACUUCUUCCAUGCCAAGGUGGCCCACGAGCUUGGCCAUGCGUGGCCGGUAGGUUUAUCAAGACGAAUAUAUACAUAGAUGAUGCAUGUUGAUAGGCGUGUGUUCCCGGUGGCAUAUAUAUUAUCUCAACUUCAGCCUGAAGUAGCACACGUAAGCGUUUACUCUCCAAAAGAGCAGUUUCCAUUGCAAAUCAGCGUGGCGGCAUGAUAUGUUAGCGAUGAUGUGCUCAGGCCUUCUCCAAUUUUCCGUUAGAACCCUUGCGGUGACGGCCUUAGCUGCUACUUUCGCUUCUUCUACGUUAGCGAAGAGUAAUCAUGACGGCGAAAACAACGACAACGACAACGGCCGUAGGCAGGUCGGUGGCGUGAGCUGCGAUGCCGCGACCUUCGCCAGCGUACUUCCGGCCGCAGCCAAAGUAGAGACGGUCGAGUACGUCAGCGCCGGAGGCACCUUCGGCGAGCCUUUGACAGAUCUUAUGUAUCCGAUCCCGCCGACGAACUUGCCGGAACUAUGCGCCGUUAUCAUAUCUGUCGCUUCGUCACCGGUUUCAUCGUAUAGGUUCGGAAUAUUCCUACCGGCAGAGUGGAACGGCCGUUUCCUCGCCGUCGGAAAUGGAGGUUUCGGAGGCGGUAUCAACUGGUUGGAUAUGGGCGCUGGUGUUAGGUACGGCUUUGCCGUUGUGUCAACGGACACAGGCCAUAACUCAACGACUGGCGACAUCCUCUGGGCUCUCAACAAUCCUGAGAUGAAGGAGGACUGGGGUUGGCGCGCCCUACAUGGUACCGUACUAUUAGGCAAAACCCUUGUCACAACCUAUUACGAAAAGCCCAUCGGCCAUUCAUACUAUAGCGGAUGCUCGACGGGCGGUCGGCAAGGGCUUAAGGAAGUGCAGAUUUCUCCCGGUAGCUUUGACGGAGUGCUUGUUGGCGCUCCGGCUUGGUAUACAAGCCAUCUUAAUACUUGGAUCUGCAAAAUUGCUAUGUAUAACUGGCCUGCUGACGACCCUAAGCAUAUCGACUGGGAAACGCUACCGCCUAUCGGUGCCGAGGUCGUUCGCCAGUGCGACGACAUCGAUGGCGUCUCCGACGGCAUUAUCAGCUUACCAGAACAGUGUAAUGUAAACUACGACGCCCUACAAUGUAGUAAUGGCAGCAGUACCGCGGCAUCCGACUUUGCCAAUUCUGACAAUUGUCUAAACGACGCGCAGAUUGACACUUUGAAAAAGAUGUACACGGGGUUUACACUUGACUCAACAGGCGAGCGCGUGAUGCCGGGACUACUCCCCGGGUCCGAGAACCAGAUGUACACGGUACUCAACUACUCGGACGCAAGCCCGUACGGUCUAGGAUACAUCCGGUACUUCCUCUUAGACAACCCGCUGUGGGAGGCAUCGCAGUACAACGACUCGAUACUUCAGCUAGCCGAGAUGUUAGACCCGGGUAAUGCCACGGCCAACGACUACAACCUAACGACGUUCCGCGACCGCGGCGGCAAGAUGCUGCUAUACCACGGGGCCUCGGACGGCCUGGUCCCCACCACAGCCGGCAGCUUGUACUACGAACGCGCGGUAGACACGACGAGCGGCGGCGACGUAAACGCCACGCGCGAAUUCUUCCGCCGCCUCGAGAUCCCGGGGAUGCAGCACUGCGGACUAACAGCGGUGGACGCGCCGUGGGCUCUCGGCGGCGCCAGCCAGGCCGCUUCCCUGGGGAACGACACGUACUCGGUGCCCGGGUUCGCGGACUCGCAGCACGACGUCUUGCUCGCGCUUAUCGACUGGGUGGAGAAUGGGAAGCCGGUCGAUCAGGUUGUUGCUACGACGUGGAAGAGCCAGCGGGAGCCGUCGUCGGGGGUGCUGCGGCAGCGGCCGAUUUGUGCGUAUCCGGAUACGGCGACGUGGGAUGGUACGGGGAAUGUGGAUGAGGCUGCGAGCUGGAGUUGCGGUGGCGACAACUCCAGCAAUGUAGCGAACAGCGCCGGUUCGCUGGCGUAUAUGAACCCCUUUUCGGUUAUCGUAGAUGUAUUCAAGGCUUUUGCUAUGUGACUUAGGGACGGAGGUUUAUGAUUGUAUUAAUUUGCUUGGUUCAAAGCCAGUGAGUAUGUUAUGAAAUGGGUGGGUUGUAUAUAGCCGUCAUAGAGAUGUACGUAGGUAGCUACUUAGAUUAAGG